UGCAAGUACCUUUUAUCAUAUCUUUCACCAAAGCUUUGCCUCCGAAUCUAUCACUAGAUAUAUUAUUCCGCCGACUUGACACGUUUCUAUUCGAGAAAUUGGAGAACGUUUCCAGGCUCCAUCUAGCUCUACCUCUAGCUCUCAGAAGAAUCUAUCCAAGAUUGAGCAUUCUGAAUACUUUCCAGCAUGUCUUCCAUUGAAGCGGCGAAUCUUUUCAACGUCAAAGGACUCGUGGCAGUCAUUACCGGCGGAGGGUCAGGAAUUGGGCUCAUGAUGGCAAAGGCCUUGGAAGCCAAUGGUGCAGCCAAGGUAUACAUAAUUGGCAGAAGGCAAGAAGUCCUUGACGAGGCAGCCAAACAAGCCAAACACGGCAAUAUUGUGCCUAUACAAGGGGACGUUUCCUCAAAGGAAGACCUCCAGCGCGCCGCAGCAAUUAUUCAGAAAGAUAUCGGGUACGUCAAUGUGCUCAUUGCCAACCAGGGAAAGACGGGUCCUGGCGUGAAAGAACUGAAAAAGGAUGCCUCAUUAGAGGAAUUCCAAGAUUUUCUCUGGAACAUGCCAGCGGAAGACUUUACGUCUACAUUGGAAACUAAUACGACCGCUACGUUCUACUCGGUUGUCGCAUUCUUGAAAUUGCUGGACGAAGGAAACAAAAAGGGCAACAUGGGCCUUACUAAAAGCCAGGUCAUUGCCACGAGCAGCAUAUCGUCUUACAGCAGGGUCAUCACUUCUGGAUAUGCGUACUCGGCAAGCAAAGCUGCGGUGACACAUCUCAUGAAGGCCAUGGCGACAAAUCUCGUCCCGUACGAUAUUCGGAGUAAUGUUAUCAUGCCUGGAGUCUACCCGUCUGAUAUCACUGCGGCCAUGUUCGGUUCCAUGGACGCUGUUAUGAACACCCAGUUCCCCCGUUCGGCAUUCCCGGCACAAAGAUCUGGCUACGAGGAGGAUAUGGCGGGCGUUGUCUUGUUUCUAACUUCAAGAGCUGGGGCCUAUUGCAAUGGAAACGUUUUAGUUACGGAUGGCGGCAGACUGGGCAUAGUACCGGCCUCCUACUAACGAUGUGACAUUUCUAGCUGCUUGAGCUCGCAGCCGCAGAUGAUGCUUGUUAGCGCCAUGGAAGGAGAUGGACAGUUCGGUUCAUAGACAUUUUGCAUCGAGUAACCAAACGGAAGUUAAGAAAUAUGCAAGUGAUCUAUAUAUAACGUUUAGACCUUUGCAUCUAGCUCAACGUCAAAUGAAA